AUGAACAGGCUAGCAGAAUACCCAGGGACACUGCUACUGGCCGUAGCAGGCUCGUACGUGCUAUGGAAGCUGCUUCAAGGCUUCGUCUUGUCGCCUCUUCGACGGAUUCCUGGCCCAGUGCUCGCGCGAGUCACAAUCUUGCGAGCUCUACGCAACAGGCUACCAAAAAAGGUCAUUCAAACGGCUCUCGCGGACUUUGAACGCUACGGCGACAUCUAUGUUUCACGGCCAGACACCGUCACCAUCAGCCAUCCCAAAGAUGUCCGCGCUGUGCUCGGCGCAAGGGACUCAUGGAAGAUUGACGUGUACCAGGGCCUCCAGGACCCGGUCCUGAAGAAUCUCGUAACUUUCAACCACCCACAGCUUGCGAGCCAAAGGCGACGGCAAAUAAGCCCCUUUCUUAACAGCAAUGCAUACCUUGUGCAAAUGGAGGACGCCAUUCUGGAGCACGGCGCUGUCGCUCUGAUGGCCAAGUGGAAUGCAAAGCUUAGGCAAAGUGAGGAGGAGGUCGAGAUCGAGAUCAAUUACAGAAAUGAUACACAACUGGCUACUUUUAAUAUCAUGAGCGCGCUUGCGUUUGGUCGUGAUCUUUCGGGACAGGCGGACACGGACAGCUCUGUUAUCGUGGACUGGAUUGCAGCAACAGCACUCUACAUCGGCGUCAGCAUCAAUUUCAAGGCGCUGCUGCACUUCCCCUUGUCUCUCAUCAUAGCUCCAUGGCUAGCAAAAUAUAAAGAUUUUGUCCAAUUCGGCAAAGAGUCUGUCGCUCUGCGCCGUGAGAUGAUGGCAAACACUCCCUCCAAGGGCGACCUCCCCAAGGACGUGCUCCAAGCCUUCAUCGAUGCCGAAGACCCAGACUCCAAGGUGAAAAUGACAUCGCAGGAGAUCCAAGCAGAGAGUGUGGGCAUGCAGCUCGCCGGCAGCGAGACUACCUCCGCAUCUCUAACCUGGGCACUUCAUCUCUUCACUCUCUACCCCGAUGCGCUGCGCAGAGCAACGCUCGAAAUUCGCAGCCAAUUCGACACCAACCACCUCAUUAGAUACGCUGAUUGCAGGAAAGCUCUACCAUUCCUAGAAUCCUUCAUUUAUGAAACAUUCCGCUAUGCGCCAAUAACCUCGGGCUUCAUGCCACGCACAUCGCCAAAGGAAAUGGAGUUCCAAGGCCACUUUAUUCCAGCGGGGACGAAAGUCGCCUUCAACCUACUGGCUCUAAACAACCGGAGGGACGUAUGGGAGACGCCAGAAAAAUUUGUUCCCGAUCGAUUCAUUGGUAAUGAGGAAGGCAAGAAGAAUAUAUUUGCCUUUUCAUAUGGUCCACGAAGCUGUGUUGGUCAAAACCUGGCAUGGAUGGAAAUCAUGACCAUCCUGGCCAAUAUGCUGCUGCAUUUCGAUAUUGCGCUCCCCAAAGACGCAGUUUACGGGCCAGAAAAUCUUGGUGAACUGGGUAUCCCGCAGUUAAUGGAAACACAGUGCCAUAUUGUAUUUGCGCCGGUUCAUCCUGAGCGGGAUUGCAGGCUACUUCUGUCACGGAGGAAAGAUCUAACUACAGCUAUGUAA